CCAGGAGAAGAGACUUCAAGCCCAAAAACAACACAAAGAGUCAACCAAACACAAAUCCAACUAGAUAUCGUAUCAUUGUUGUCGAGUGGAACUAGACGCAAACGGCAAACUGAGUGAGAUAAGAACAAAAGGCAGAGAAAGGAAGAGAGAAAGAGAGACAGGGAGACAGAGAGAAACAUGGAGUGGUGUGUUUCAUUGCCAAAGGUAGAACUACAUGCUCACCUCAAUGGAUCCAUUAGAGACUCCACACUGUUAGAACUUGCUCGAGUACUGGGUGAAAAGGGUGUCAUAGUUUUCUCAGAUGUGGAACAUGUUAUCUUGAAAAAUGACCGUUCUUUAACUGAAGUGUUCAAAUUGUUUGACCUGAUCCACAUUCUUACUACUGACCACACAACUGUGAAAAGAAUCACCCAAGAAGUUAUUGAAGAUUUUGCCUCUGAAAAUGUGGUAUACCUGGAGUUAAGAACUACUCCAAAGAGAAAUGACUCUAUAGGAAUGACCAAACGUUCUUAUAUGGAAGCGGUAAUGGAAGGUCUAAGGGCUGUCAGUACAGUUGAUGUUGCUUUUGCACCUCAUAAUGUGGAUGCUGGAAGUCUUAGGGAAUCACUACCCAUAAAUGAUGCAUGUGACGGAAAAAGAAAAAGGAUAUAUGUUCGGCUUCUUUUGAGUAUUGACCGUCGGGAGUCCACUGCAGCUGCGAUGGAAACUGUUAAGCUUGCACUGGAAAUGAGAGAUUUAGGAGUACUUGGUAUUGACCUUUCUGGAAAUCCUGUUGUGGGUGAAUGGAUGACAUAUCUACCAGCAUUAGAGUUUGCUAGAGAACAUGGUCUUUAUAUAACUCUUCACUGUGGAGAGGUUCCUAAUCCGAAAGAGAUACAAGCAAUGUUAGACUUUAUUCCCCAGAGGGUUGGCCAUGCUUGUUACUUUGAAGAGGAUGAUUGGAAGAAAUUGAAACAUUACAAUAUCCCGGUUGAAAUUUGUCUGACUUCCAACGUUGUGACUGCAUCAGUUUCCUCACUAGAUGUUCACCAUUUUGCUGAUCUGUAUAAUGCAAAACAUCCGAUAGUCCUCUGCACCGAUGAUGCUGGUGUGUUCUCCACCAGUCUCUCCAAUGAGUACAAAGUUGCUGCUUCUGCAUUUGGUCUUGGAAAGAGGGAAAUGUUUCAGCUGGCAAAAAAUGCAAUUGAAUUUAUAUUUGCAGAUGAUGGAGUUAAGCAGGAUCUGAGAAAGAUUUUCGAUUUGGCCACUAAAAAGCAAGAUUUAUAAUGACAUUGCUCUUAGAGGGGCAUGUUUGCAGCCUGGAGGUAUGGGUAGCCAUGUGUCACCUGAUCAAGGAAAACUAGUCGUUAGACCAUGGCCAUGCAUUUAGAUGGUCAAUAUUUUUAUUUAAUGAUCUUAAUUUUAUUUAAUCUAUGCUGUGUUCAUGUGUUUUGAGA